AUGGUGAAAAAGAGCGUUCAUCUGCCUGACGAACUGAUAAUUGAAAUUCUGUUGAGAUUGUCGGUAAAGACUCUGUUACGUAUCAAGUGCGUCUGUAAGUCAUGGCUUUCUCUUAUCUCUCUUCCCUAUUUUGCAACUUCACACUUUCAACUGGCCGUUUCUCGUCCUACACAUGGACUUGUCUUGUUAAAAACAUAUUCUUCCGAUGAUCAUAAAGCCCUAAUAGUUGAUUUUGAUGCAUCGCUUAAAGAUGAUUCAUCGUAUGCUCCACUAACCCAUCAUUUUCAGCCUCCCGGAAUAUCUUGCCGUAAAGUUAAAAUUGGAGGUUCCUGUAGAGGGUUCAUAUUUUUGCACACUCACACAGACUUCUAUCUAUGGAAUCCAUCCACCCGUGUCCACACAAAAAUACCGGCCUCUCCUGUAGUUUUUGUCUCCAAAUCCAAUAUCCAUCCUUACACUUUUCUGUAUGGUUUUGCAUAUGAUCAUAAAACUGAUGAUUACUUGAUAGUUUUGGGGUCUUCCUAUUCUCCGGCAUCAAGUAUUGACUUGGAGAUUUUUUCACUGAGAGCUAAUAAGUGGGAACAGAUUGAGAUUGGUUCUCAUUUUCCUUAUAUAACUAGGGUGAUAUAUGGAGAAGUCGGGUUGCUCUUAAAUAAUACUAUUCAUUGGGUGGUUUUUAAUUAUGAGACCUCAAGGGAUGUUAUUAUUGCCUUUGAUAUUAAGGAAAGGAAAAUGUCAGAGAUAGCUCUUCCAUGUGAUGUUUGUGCUACAGAUUGUCCUCAUGACUUCAGUUUGUCGGUACUUGGUGGGCUCAUCAGUGCAUCGGUUGUGGAAAUGCAGACAGUUAAGAUAUGGGUGAUGCAAAAUUACGCCAUGCAUUCAUCUUGGACUAAGAUUAUUGAAUUUUCUUUCGGUUUUGUUCCGCUCCAUUCUUUAGCCAUAGCGUUCUUUACAAAUUGUGGUGAUAUAAUUGGAACAGACAAUAGAGGUGGGUUGGUGAAGUUUAAUGACAAAGGACAGCAGCUAGAGCAUCGCAAGUGUGGCAAGGGAUACGACGCAGAUCAAAGAUUCAAAAGAUCCCAAAUGGUUGUGUAUACAGAAUCUAUGCUUUCACUCCCUUGUGGCACUGGGGAGGCUUAA